UUUUUUUCCUUUAGUUUCGGUUUUGUCUUUGGGCUUUCCACAGUGGGGAUAUUAUGUCCGUGUGUGGCCCCAUCCCCCUUGUUGAUUCGUAGCAGCAGCAGAAAAUUCAUGCGUGAUUUGGGCACAUUUUGUGCGCAUUACGCCAUGACUUGAACUUUGGACCCGAUAAGGCUGCGCGUUGUUGUUGUUUUUUUUUAUGAUUGCGGAAGAGUGAAGCGUCCUCUGGAGCAGACUCCUGGAAACGAAACUUUGAAGACGCACACCGAUCGACCUCAUUUUUUUUGCAGGAUGUUCAACUCUACACCACAUAUGUAAAGAACAAAGGAUGGACACAGAGAGAAGUGAUGGAGGAGGAGGAGAGGCAGAGAUGGAGGAUGAGUUCGCCUGUGCUGGGAUGCUUCGGGGGUCUCUGACAAACCUGCACGGCACCGUGGAGCGAAUAUUUCGGGUGAAGUUUGGGAUCGGUGCUGACGAAUUGCCUCAUGGGAACGACGGGCAGAUAUGGCUGAAACUCAGAGGGUCGAACAACAGUGUAAAAGCUGCUAAAUUGUUUGUGAAAGGCUUCGUGAACCAGGAGGAACAGCAGGAGGUUUCUUAUCCCGAGGUCCUUCUCUGUGUGUUCUGUGGAGCCAGAGGGCUGUUCCUGGACUGCCUGAUAAAAAACACCUCCGCCCAUAUAGUGGUCAGGUCUCCGGGAUUCCUCCUCAUAUCAGGUCUUACCGAGCCCGUUGUGCGAGCCUGCUCCCUUAUAACAGACCUGGUAGAGAGGUAUAAAGGCACUCAGGCAAGACGCUCUGAGGUGGUAGACAGAGGACCAGGGGAGUCCCUUGAUUCACGCCGUGCCUUUAAAACUCUAGUGGAGGACUUGGAGGACCGGCACACUCUGGACCUUCUGGUGUUGCCAGGGCCUGUCAAAGAAAUCCUGUUGGAUUUAGUCAAAGAUUCUGGACUUGGAGAAAGCCCAAACCCUGCCCUAGCAGAGGGAGACACAGGAAGCAGAUUACACGGAGAAGUGGAGGAUAGGUGGGUGAAACCGUACACACUUCCAGAGGAAAACAGAACUAGUGAUGAGUGGGUUGAAGGUAUGACUGCGGGAUCAGGGGAGGACAUCUCUGCCAAGGACUCUUUCUUCAAUGCUCUUUCUGCUUCUUCAAGUGCCAGAGGGAGGGCAGAAGGUGCUGAAGGAAGACACAUACAAUCUCCACAGGAAGUGGGUGAAGAAGGGCAGCCAGAGGAGGGGGGAGCUGUAGGUACAAAGGAGAAAGAAGAAGAACAGGAGCUACAGGUAUCAGGUGUAAACAAGGAGUUCUGGCUCUUGUUGAAGUUCUUCACAGCCAUGGGCUAUUCAGAGGAUGUCGUUAAACGUGUCCUAGCCCGAACAGGACCGAAAGAGGCUUCGCAAAUACUCGACUUAGUUCAACAGGAACAAGAUCGAACUGACAGGGAGCAGAUGCAAGAAGCACUGAAGAAGCAAGAGCAGAAAAAUCUAGAUGGUGUCGGUGAGAGGAAUCGACCCUGUGAGACGGAGCAUAGAGAGGAUGAAGGAGCAGCAGGAACACACAGGGAGGUGAGCAACAUCCAUGAAGGUCUGGGAAAUGGAGCAACAGGAAGCACAGGGCACUUUGAAGGAGAAGGCAGGACAGAGUUAAAAGACAGAGAACACGAGGAAGACUUUGUCCUAGGAGUGUUGAAGAAAGCUGCGGCCAGUUGUGGGUACACGGAACAGAAAGUGACCGAAGUCUACAGCAUGCUGCCCGAUCGAUCCACUCACCAGCUCCUCCUAGAGCUGCAGAAGGAGGGGGGCAGAGAUGUGGACUUUUCUAACGAGGGUCCAAGAGAGAUGGAUGACGUGGUGUUGGAAAAAGAAGGACAGAAAGCUGGACUCUUGGUGGAGGACAAAUCAAGAGAAGAAACUGAGAUUCCAGCGAGGACAUACACGGCUGCAGAAAAGAGAGACGUAGAUAACAAAAAAGGUUUAAAAGAGCCAAAGGUAACUCCACCUGUUGUAGAAGCAGACACAUUUCUGUGGAUUGAUAAGCCCCAGCAGCAGCUGACAAAUCAGUUCAUCCAGCAGCCAAAGAAAAACCUAGCUUUAACAUCAGGAAGUCGACGCCAGCAACCUCUACCUGAUGUCAGAGGGCCACCAAUGUCCACGUAUACCUCAUCCCUUGACACUCCACUUUCCAAUUUCCAGUCCAACAGACAACAUGCCCAUAUAAAACCCCAGCUGACCCACUCUUUAAAGCAAGUGCACCAAGCCUCUCAACCUCCCGUCUCCACCAGGAAUGACUCAUCUCCCACUAGAUCGAGGGAUAGAAGGGGUUUCCUGUCGGCUUCCUCAGUGGUGGUCACAGGGGAGCAGCGAUUCCUGGAGGGUCUGCAGGCGCCCUUUGACCUGCAGCUCACUGACAAACCUGGAGACCCGAAGCUGAGGACGAUCAUCAUUGACGGGAGCAACGUAGCCAUGAGUCAUGGUUUGGGUCAUUUCUUCUCAUGUCGAGGAAUCGCUCUGGCCGUGCAGCAUUUCUGGGAUAGAGGGCAUCGUCAUAUCAGCACUCUGCUGCCACAGUGGAGACAGAAGAGUGACCCCCGCAUUAAAGAGAAACACUAUCUGACCGAGCUGCAGAAGUUGGGUCUGCUCUCCUACACUCCCUCCAGGGAAGUUCAGGGCAAGAGGAUCAGCUCAUAUGACGACAGACUCAUGCUGCAGCUUGCACAGAAGACAGAUGGGGUGAUCGUAACUAACGACAACCUGAGAGACCUGUCAGAUGAAUCUGCUGCUUGGAGGGAUAUCAUCAAAAAGAGACUUCUGCAGUACACAUUUGUCGGGGAUCACUUCAUGGUGCCGGACGAUCCUUUAGGGAGAGGAGGGCCUCACCUGGAUGACUUCUUACGUACGGAGCACAGGACUCCAGAUCCAGGAAACCACUCGUUUGCUGGUGUAGCCACUUCCUUCCCUUCCUCCCAAACACCACGCUCUCAAACAGAGGUCUUGAACUUCCGCGAUCGGACACUGGGUGGUGCUCUAGAUGCAGUGGGUCGUCGGACUAAGCUCGGUGGGGGUUGGGACAUGGGCCACCUGGAUCAAAACCAACAUGGACCUGCAGGUCUGGGCAUGGGCCGCAGUGCCAACAGGAGUCUAGAGCAAACAGCCGACCUCAUAGAGCAGCUGGGUCAGGUUUUCCCAGGUCAGGACAGCAUGGUGACGUUGGUGCUACAGUGUCACCCAACAGAGACGGACAUCAACGUACUGUCUGACCUCAUCUUGGAGCAGCAGAAGGACUAGAAAUGCCUUUAAUUUAGACUUGUCUUAUACUGUGUUUUGCCCUGGAUGGGUUAAGAAUAACUCUGGAUUCCAGCAAAGCCAUUUGAAGCACUGACCAGGAAUUCAUUUUCCUGUUUAGCAACGAUUUUACAUGCUAUCAUAUGAGUUAAACAUCCUGGUGACAGCUGAAUGUAAAACUGAUUAUUUUAGUUUAUCGUCAUCCCCGGGAAAUUCACCCAAACUUUUCCCAUUUCGUCAUGGCAUUUCUUAAAAAAUCUCCUGAAAAGUUCUUUAUCAAGAACGUGACUUACGUGACUCACCUAACUUAAAAUCCUGAAGGUCUACUUCAAAUACUGUCUUAGUCCUGAAUUUUGGCCCUUAGAUUUUACAUUGGUAUGUUUAUUUUAAGUCUCACCAAUUGCUUCUUUUUCUGUGGAUUAUCAGUUGUACUGAGAAACCGCAAGGAUAAUCACCAACGUCCAAGAAAAAAAAUGAGUGGUAGGUGCUUCACUGGGCCAGAAACACAAAAUGUUGAUGUAAAUUAAGGAAUCUGGUGCUCGUCGAAGACAGGAGCUCACUGAAUAAACAUAAAGUUCUGCGCACUUUUAAUCCCUCUGGGCCAAUUACAGUGUAAGAUUCAGUUGAAAGUUACUGGCCUGUAAUGUAGAUUAGUUUGUCUUUGUGUAAAACUUAUUACAUACAUAUUGAUGUGUGAAAGUAGUUACAGCUCCACAAGGCCAUUUGACCUUGAAAAAGUAGGUCAAGGUCACCUCGGCCGAGGGGUAAAAACUAAAAGAGCAAACAAUCAUAAUCAAUGUUCACAAUGUAUGGCCCUGAUGAAGACACUGUAGUCAAAAUGUGAUAAUGAUGACAUCCCUGGAGGUAAUAAAUGAUUUUUAUUUUUGUAUCAGAAGUUGACUUGUUUUUACCAGUUAUAUUUUUAUACUACUUCCGUGAUGAACAUUGAUUAGUCUUUUUUGCUCUUUCAGUUGUCAGCAAAAUCUAUUCAGUAUUUAGCUGUUGCAAAAACUCACAAAUAAUUGGUAAAAAAUCAUUAAGUAUGUUCACUCUUUUUGCAAGCAAAUCUUGAUUUUGCAAAGAAUUAAUCUGUUUCUAUCAUAUUUGCAUAAACAUUUUACAGACAAAAAUGUUUGUAAAUAUACUUAACUAGUGCGCUGACCCAUGAGGAUCCAUGGGUUCUAGAUGUGGUAGUUUUUGUGCUGUCGUGUAUUCUUGCGUGCUGUAUCGCAUUUGUCCAGCAGUCACUGCCAAAGCGUUCUGGCCAUAGCAACGUGAUUGUAAGGCUAUUGUAUUCCAAAAUUACCAGCAUCUUCAAAAAUAUUGGUCCUAUCAACUUGCUGUUUCCCUAACCUCUUCCUUGACCAAAAAUACAUAUGUAUGCUGAACUGCAACAGUCAGCUCUUUCUGGAUUUUGUGUGAAUCCCUGGGGACACACACAGAGGCCACUUAGCUUUUAUAAUAUAGAAGAUGGCAGCUCACUUUGUCCAAGAAUGACUGUUUUAAUGUCCUUAUAACUAUUUAAGGACAAUAAAACCAAGAUUGGUGCAGGUGUAAAAUCUGAAUAUAACACCUUAAAAGAUAAUUUUGACAGAUUUUUACAAUGUAGUGAUUGGAUGAAGCCUGUUGAAUUUGACAAAUCUGAAACCUACUGCAAUGUUUGGGACAAAGCUAUUAGAGUCGGAUAAAACUUAAAGCUGUGAAAGAAAAAUCCACCAGUAACAGUUGCUGUCAGCCAGCAUCAUUCUGUAUUCACAUCAACGGCAUCACCAAAGUCUGGAUCCAGUAGAUGAACGCGUUAUCCUGCAGAAACCCUUGUCAAUAUUAACUGCAGAUUGCAGAUAUUUUAAAGGUGUCAUAUCACUGUAUUGGUUGACUAUUACUUAGGUGUUCCUACACUUGUAACAUUUAGCUAAUACUUGAGAAUGUUAAUAAGAAAUUAGUGAGGUUUUGAACAGAAAUAGUAAUAACAAUGAAACAAAAAAGUUUUUAUUGUAGAGCUUUAGCUUUUGUGCACUAUCCCACAGUAACAUAUUAGCAUUUUUUGUUUGCAGGAAUAUCUGUGAUAUUAAGGGGGAGGUCCAUGGUGAGGUGUAAUGGCAUGACUUUACGCUGUCUUAAGUAUGAUUAAUAUUUCUCUGCACUGUUGGCUGUGAGCUCAAAUGUUGCUGUGCUAGUAAAAAGAGCCGAGGUGACAUUUAGGUGACCUCUCUAACUUUUAAAAGAAAGACAAUCAUAGGGUAAUGACAUUUGCAUCCAUUCUACUGCUUUUUUCUGCCUUUCCAGCCCCCGUGCCUCUUUCCUCCUCCAGCCUGCCACUCACUGUUUUUUCUUAUCUACCUCUGUAUAUUCUCCCUGCAAAACCCAGUGGCUUAUGCUGACCCUGUUCAGGCGAAAAGACCAAAGGACAUCAGGAGAGAAAGGACAAGUGGAAAGAAGUGCUAGUAAAUCCCCCCCCCCCCCCAAAAAAAAAAAAAGACAAAACAAACAAAAAAAACGUGUUUCAGUGCUUAUCAUUUAUCUAAAGUAGUAAAGCUCCAUGUUGGGGAAAAAAAAACUGACACUGCAAUGCAAUUCUUUUUUUUUUUUCUUUUUUUCAAUACAUAUUUAUCUGAAAGAAAUACAUUGAUUCCCACCAGCCUUGAAUAUCUAUUUGCUCACAAACACAUGCAAUUUUUUUUUUAUUUCUUUAGAAUUCACUCAGAUCUCAGAACUCAUUCUACAAAGCUUUGUGGUGCAUUCAGUGAACCUGUUUUUGGUCAUCCUUCCUGUAGCUGAACCCAAACCUUAAAGAUUUUCUCUUUGCAGCUAAAUCUGCCCCUGAAAUUUGUUUCUCGUGUUCAUGUUCAUUUGAAGGUUGUGGUUGACAACAAGCAGUCAUAGGAACAGCUUUGGUUGUUUGAUAAAUCGAUUAAGAAUCAUUGUGUUUGGUUCACUGUGCAUGAAGAGUAAAAAAUGCCACUCAAUAAUAAUACAAUCUAACUCUUCAAUCUGAGUAACUUAUUUUAUAUCAGGCAAACUUGUCUUUAGAUUAAAUGGAGAAUGUUGUCCUUUGGUAUCAAGGUAGCAAGAAAAAUGUGUGGAAUGUGUUAAUUGGCCUUAGUUGACAUUGCUCAUCCAUCAGUGUAACUAUUCCAUGUGUGUACUUUGCAGCUCUAACAUGCAGAUCACCAUCAGUCUUAAAAUUAAUGCAGCUGAGCCAUAAUAUUAAUCGUGCAGACAUUUUAAGCACAAUUCUAAAUUAUGCUUUAAAGUUUAAGAAAAUGAAUGUGAUUUACAGGCAGACAAAAUUUUAUUUAGAAUGAAAAAGAGCAAUAAAAUACCUUAAAAAUCUGCCUGUGUUAAAAAACCACUGUAGCAGAAAUUAAAUGUGAACUAAACUGAGGUGAAAUGUAGAUCCAGUAGUUGUGAGACUUAAUUUUAUUUUGCCAAAAUAAUACUGGACCACAUUCUGUUCUGUUCUUUAUAUUGGCUUUUAUGUACUUUUGAUGCAGGUUGGAUGCUGUAUUUCUGUAGGUUUCUGCUCUUGUUUACAUUAAGUGAGUCUCGACAAAACUGAGAACAAACUAAAAGAAUGAAGUGAGUGGGGGCUGAUAAGUUGUUGCUGCCAGGUCACAUGACGCCCACGUUGCUCUUCAGUCGACCACUUAAAAGCAUUCUGUAAUAUUUAAGAAAUAUGAAAUAGGAUUGUGUGUGUAUAUUUUAAGACUUUGAUGCUGAAUUCUGUCAUACUUUCAUUAAAUCUAUUUGGAAUUUU